UCUUUCAGCGCAAAUCGUUGUGAACCGAUAAACGUUCAGAGAGCUUUUAUCACUGUAACGUGCUGUCAAACGAUAAAACAAUAACAUUAGUGUUGAGAAGUACACCAAACAUGAGUCAAAAACUGCGAGGCCCUCGAAAAGGAGCUGGCGACCUGUAAGCUCUAUAAAGCAGAGCUAAUUCUAGGUGAGAGGGAGGAAACCAACUAGAAUGCUUCUAGCUCAUUUCUGAUAUAUAUAAUUACUCUUCGGCAUAUAAUAACCGACUGAAUUCCACAAAUCGAUUGGCAAAAUUAGGUUAUGUAGUAGAGCGGGAAAUACAAUUCUAGAUGGAAACUGGUUAAAAGCAUUAUCAAAACUUUUUACUCCCCUUUUAAUCUGUAUACUUCUCAUUGGCUUGUUGUAUACUUAAACCUCUCCAAAUCAAAUUGAAAGUACUUUUCUGCUGUAGAGUCCUUUACAAAUUGGUUUAUUAUCUCUUGCCAAAUAAAUAAAUAGUGGAAAUAAGACGGCGUUGCACGUCGGAUUGUUAGAAUAGAGAAUUCGAAUAAAGAAACAGAACAGAUCAGAACUGUUCAAUAAAAAGCUCUCUUUCAAACACCAACUUAUCGGUCUUUGAGAACACUGCUAAAAACAUACCGAUAUCCAGAUCUUGUACUGUUAUCGACACAUGCUGUCAAACGACAAAAAAGCCUUGUAUAAAAAUAGCAUUCAUUUUUUUUUUUCAUUUUUGAGAACGUCCUCAGCCAAAUGUCGCGAACUGUGAAUAAAGGCAAAACCAUAAAGAAGCGUGUCCAUAAAGAGCUGCCUAGUCGAAAGCCGUCCGAAAUGGAGAACUAUGAUCUGUAUGUGCUCACCUGCACGGAGUGCCAUCAUGCAUUCCCGCCACACUACUUUCGUGGCCAGAUAAGGGAGUUUCGCAUGUGUGAGAUGUGCAAGAAGAACAAUCCGGAAAUAUACAACAACGCCUGGACGGAAUAGCCCAGAAAUGCGAACUGCUAAAGACCGAGCUGACGGCCUACAAGCGUCAGUAUUGCGACA